GCUGCGCGCCUGCGGGCCAGCCUCCGGUCACGUGACGGCGGCCCAGGUGAGCACCGCUUCCGGGGUCGGGAGCCUGCUUUGCCGCCGGCUCCGGCUUCCACUCCGUCGGGUGCACGGGAGAAGGAGACUAUGGCGUCCUCCUCUGUCCCGCCGGCCACCGUACCGGCGGCGACAGCGACCCCGGGCCCGGGUUUCGGCUUCGCCUCCAAAACCAAGAAGAAGCAUUUCGUGCAGCAGAAGGUGAAGGUGUUCCGGGCGGCCGACCCGCUGGUGGGCGUGUUCCUGUGGGGCGUAGCCCACUCGAUCAAUGAGCUCAGCCAGGUGCCUCCCCCCGUGAUGCUGCUGCCAGACGACUUUAAGGCUAACUCCAAGAUCAAGGUCAACAAUCACCUUUUCCACAGGGAAAAUCUGCCUAGUCAUUUCAAGUUCAAGGAGUAUUGCCCCCAGGUCUUCAGGAACCUCCGUGAUCGAUUUGGCAUUGAUGACCAAGAUUACCUGGUAUCCCUCACCCGAAGUCCCCCCAGUGAAAGUGAAGGCAGCGACGGUCGCUUCCUUAUCUCCUACGAUCGAACUCUGGUCAUCAAAGAAGUAUCCAGUGAGGACAUUGCUGAUAUGCAUAGCAACCUCUCCAACUACCACCAGUACAUUGUGAAGUGCCAUGGGAACACACUGCUGCCCCAGUUCCUGGGGAUGUACCGGGUCAGCGUGGACAAUGAAGACAGCUACAUGCUUGUGAUGCGUAACAUGUUUAGCCACCGUCUUCCUGUGCACAGGAAGUAUGACCUCAAGGGCUCCCUAGUAUCCCGAGAAGCCAGCGAUAAGGAAAAGGUUAAAGAACUACCCACCCUUAAGGAUAUGGAUUUUCUCAACAAGAACCAGAAGGUUUAUAUUGGUGAAGAGGAGAAGAAAGUAUUCCUAGAGAAGCUAAAGAGAGAUGUGGAGUUCCUAGUGCAGCUGAAGAUCAUGGACUACAGCCUUCUGCUGGGCAUCCACGACAUCAUUCGGGGCUCUGACCCAGAGGAGGAGGGGCCUGUGCGGGAGGAGGAGUCAGAGGGGGAUGGGGACUGUGGCCUGACAGGACCACCCGCUCUGGUGGGCUCCUAUGGCACCUCCCCUGAGGGUAUCGGCGGCUACAUCCAUUCUCAUCGGCCCCUGGGCCCUGGAGAGUUUGAGUCCUUCAUUGACGUCUACGCCAUCCGGAGUGCUGAGGGGGCCCCCCAGAAGGAAGUGUAUUUCAUGGGUCUCAUCGACAUCCUGACACAGUAUGAUGCCAAGAAGAAAGCAGCUCAUGCAGCCAAAACUGUCAAACAUGGGGCUGGGGCAGAGAUCUCUACUGUCCAUCCUGAGCAGUAUGCUAAGCGAUUCCUGGAUUUCAUUACCAACAUCUUUGCCUAAGAGACUGCCUGACUCCAUGCUGACUGCUGCUUUAUCUUCAAGGUGAUGGGGGAAGGGGGUUACUUGCCAACUUCAGGACCUGACUGGACAGAUGGACCUGGCUCAAGCAACUACUCUGGAUGCACUUUGCUAUGUGGGAUGAACUAAGAGUAUCUGAAUUUUGCUGAUAACUUUAUAGAACUCACUGUGGCAUGCUUCCUUCCCAGUAGGCCCUGGGAUGGAGGACUUUCAAGAUACUACAGUUGUGGGUGCUGGCAUGCACACAUGUGAUGGGAUAUGGCCCAUCUUACACACUAAUGGGGUGGGGAGUGGCAAGCCGGCUGGCACCUCACAGAGGUGGGACCCACGAGGACGCUUGAAAUUAUGCAGGGAAUUGGAAAAGGUGUCUGUCAAGAAUUGACUCCUCUCCAGUCUCUUCCCUCACCCUACUUCCAACCCCCACCCCUGUACUUCUGGGUACAAGAGGCCAGAGAUGGCCAAAGUGUUCAAGCCUGGGUGAAGACAUUGGACUGUUACUGCUCUUCACCAGGACCUCACACCCCUCCUGGGGCUGAAAUCCUUCAGUGGGGGGUGUGGGCAGUUUUGGAGGCUGGGAUGAUGGGCCAGGGUAAAAGGUUCGUUCCCAGUGCUAAAUUUCCUCUCUUCAUGUCUAGCCAUUCCUGAGGUUUUAUUCCCAGCAGAAGGGAAUAUCUCCACCUGGGUCAAUCCUGGUCAUUUCAAGAGGAUGAAGGACUCAAGUGUGGGAUCCUCCUCUACUCCUUGGAGGUGUGCACCUAGCAUACUUCCUUCUCAGUCCCUUCUCAAAUCCUUUCUCCAGUUGGAUUUGUUAUUCUGUUCUUUUCUGUCUCAUACUGCUACUGUGUCUUCCAAGGGACAGAUGGACUUCUUUGUCAUCUUCACUCUCUACCCCAAGAGAGGAGUCAGAGCCAGAACUCCAAUCACCCAGCCCCCUCCAAAGAGUUGAAAUGACAUGUGAUAGUCUCAGAAUGUAGAGGACUCUGAUGACCCAGAUAGUGUCCUCCCCACCCCCUGAUGCCUUUGGGGCUAAGGCAACCUUUCUUGCUACUCUCCACUCGAUCCCCUUUAUGGCUUCCAUGCUUUUUCUUAACAUAAAGAUGGGCACUAACAACUGGCCUGUGGGGGUGCAAGGGUUCUUUGCACUGUAUAUAGCUGGGCUGAUUUGUCUCACAAGAAGUCAUACAGUCAUAAAGGAGAAUUCCUCUCUCCCCUCCAUCUUCUCCAAAGGGAGUAACAAGAGGAAUCCACAGUUAAGGAUUAGAGCCCCUAUAAUAUCUUCCCCAUCAGGGCCCCGCUGAUCUUUUUCAUUCCAGCCGUCUACCUUUCCCCUGUUGAAUGCAAUAAAACUCCAUGACACCAGCAGCUGUCGCUCUUUAGAAAUUGGUUUUCUGACCAUGUGGCUGAUGUAUCAUGAGCAGUAUGGUCUUCAUUUGUUGCUUCUGUUUUUCAUCUUUUUUGUUUUAUUAAUUAAUAAAAAAGAUCUUGUGUAUUUACUCCCAUUACUGUCACUAUAUAGGAAAUAAACUAUUGAAUCCAUA